AUGGAAUGUGACGAGAUCAAGAACGGGACCACAACUGGCGCCAAUGACGAUUGCAAACAUGUCAGAGAGAGCAGCGUUUACGAUGUCCUGCAAUGGGAGACGUUUGAUUUCGCUGGUCAUCACAUCAGCAUCCGAGAGUCCACAGAUAGCUUUGGCGCCCUCAUCUGGCCUGGAGCCAUAGCUCUGUGUCAGUACCUGGAGAACAACCAACAACAGUUCAACAUGAGAGACAAAACAGUGUUGGAGAUUGGAGCGGGCACUGGUUUGCUAUCAGUAGUGACUAGCUUGCUUGGUGCUCGUGUGACAGCGACAGACCUUCCCGAAGUUUUACCGAACCUUUCUUUCAACUUGAUGCGGAACACCAAAGGCCGUUCUCGCCACACGCCACAAGUGAAGGCCCUGGCUUGGGGUGACCACCUCCAGCCAGACUUCCUGGACUCUUACGACUACGUACUAGCGGCGGACGUUGUUUACUACCACGGGGCGUUGGACUCCCUUCUGGACACCAUGCGGCAUUUCUGUCCGCCGGGAGGCCGGACGACGCUACUGUGGGCCAACAAAGUUCGCUUCCAGUCGGACGUCGGAUUCAGGGAGAGGUUCCGGAGCACUUUUCAAGCAACGCUGCUCGUUGAGUUGCCGCAGCAGGAAAUAAGGAUUUACAAAGCCACCGCCAAGAAGUGA